AAAGCAAAACAGAAAAGUAACAUACAGAAACUAGGAAACUCAGUAAAAGUAAUAUAUUGAAAAAAUUUUCUUUCCCACAAGUAUUCAACAGCCGUGUUAAAGCGAGAAAAAACAAAUAGCAAAUCUCGCACUUAAAAAAUUCUAGUAAAUUAACGAUAUUGCAAACUAUUCGCAAAAAUUAUAAUGAUUUAGAUAAAGUGCGAAAACCGAAUCUUAGACGUUCUAUUGGCAUAUGCUUUACAGAACAAAGGCGUAAUUUCGAUCACCUGUGAAUAAAAUGAGGGCUUAACCAAAACGGGGGAUAUUUUAGUGAACCAAAAAAGUGUUAAUAUUAUAAUAACGUAAUAUAUAUAUAUUUCAUUGAUCAUUACGAUGAGAUGCUCUUGUAAGAGCGAAGUAACGAAAAAUUGUCCAUUAAAACUGAAACAACGGAAAUACCAAAGUGCAUUAAUCGCUAAAACAACAACUACAACAAAAAUAGUGUUACGUAGUCAUUAGUGUGAAAUAUACUCUUGGGAAAAACUGCUAGAAAUAUACAAAUAUACUAGACAUUUCUUCAAUUUGCGAACAUUUUCUUAACUUUUAAUAAAAUAUAAAGUUAUUUACCAUGACUAUCAAACCUAUAGUUUCCCCAACGCAGAAACGUGCAGUUUCGGAUGAAAAGAAAGAAGCGCAUGGCCAUAGCCAUGCACAUUCUACACAUUCACAUGGGUCUCAACUUGAACCAAUCAACAGCCAUAGCCAAAACAGUCCUCGAAACGCAAAUCCACAUGCUCAAAGUCGUGCUGGACAGAGCCCUCAACGAAGAGUUGAAGUCUUUGAUGAAAUAGCUCGUCAUCGGCGUAGUCCACAUAAAAGCUCUCGUUCCAAGCGUCGAGAUCACCAUGAGCAUCUAAAUAAACGGGAACGCGUAGAAAGAGAUAAACUUUCUACAAUAGGCGUUUCAAAUAAUACAAUCUCCAAAUGUAGCAGUCCGCAUGUUCAUAGUAAUGUACCUUCAAGUACAGCUACUGUUAACAAUAUUGUCAGUACUCCUAUAGGAAAAAAUGGUAUGAGUGCGAGUAACAAUACUGUGCAGACAACAGAUACGGUAGAAAAUUCACCUGAUCAGAUAAGUACCGGAGCAGUUGUACUUAGUUCUCAGAGUCCCAAAUUAUCAACAUCAGUCACACAAGCGACGGCUAAUUUGCUAAAAUCAGUAGAAGAGACAUAUUCUGGGUACAAUAGCGGUGACGAGCACUUACGGCCUAAAGAAGAUACCAUUACUGCCGAUGAGUGGCAGCAACGGGAUGAACAGUUUGCAAAAUGUAUGGCUGGACGCGGGUAUGAGUUACGGCCAGUUGAGGAGGACGGCGCUUGUUUAUUUCGAUCUAUCUCACUACAAAUUUAUGGUGAUGAAGAAAUGCACGACGUCGUACGUCAACAUACGAUGGAUUACAUUUACAAAAAUCGAGAAUAUUUUUCGCACUUUGUCACCGAAGACAUAAAUAGCUAUAUUAAACGAAAACGACGAAAGGAUUCACAUGGAAAUCAUAUAGAAAUACAAGCAAUGUCGGAAAUAUAUAAUCGCCCAGUGGAAGUUUAUUCAUAUAAGCCAACUCCCAUAAAUAUUUUUAAUUCGGAGCAAUUGAACAAAGGUUAUGCGCCAUUACGUCUAUCCUAUCAACGUGGCUCGCAUUAUAAUGCGAUUCUUGAUCCAUACGAUGCAACUGUAGGAGUUGGUUUAGGGUUAGCUGGUCAUAAGCCUGAUCUGCAAACGAAAGAGGCUGUGCUUUUGAGUGAACAAAUGGAGAUUGAACAGACAAUGUUUGAAGAUAAACUGAAAACAACUGAUUGGGAAGCUACGAAUGAGGCUAUAGAAGAACAAAUUGCACGUGAGUCUUAUUUACAAUGGUGCCGAGAAAAAUUGCAGAAUAGUCGCAUUAACACUACUGCGGCAUCCACUUCGGCGACAGUGACAUCUGCAGAAGCAGCUUCGGAUUCCGAAGCAUCUCCUUCCAAAUAUUCUGUUCAACACAAUACUUCUAGUGAUUUGAGUGCUAAUGCAAGCAACUGCAGCACCAAUUCUGCACAUACUGACAUUGAUAAAACACAUACCGAUUCUACAACAAAAGCAUUUGAGCGCAAUUUAAGUGCAAGCGUCGACACAAAAGAUCCAUCAGCAAUUUUGGAGCAUAAUCGUGGUUUGUCCCCGAAAUCAUUAAAUCUAAUAGCUCACAGUGUUAAAAAAAAUUCAAUGUCUCCACAUCCUGUAGGUGAAUGGGAAUUAGAUAGUGAUGACACGGAUAUGAGCAGUACAAGCUCUAUUGGAAUAGGUAGUGGGGCUAAUAGUACUGGGAGCUUGAACUCAUUAAAGAAGCGUUGUGCUAAUUUGCGAACCGGUGGGAAAAAACGACGUCGUGAACCUGUAGCCCUAGCAAAAGGAAAGAGUGUUGUGGCAUCCACUCGUGGGACAGGAAAGAGUCCGAAAUAUGAAAGUGAGGGGGAGCCACCUUCGCUGUUAAUAAAAUCACGAUCCCAUACUCCAGAGGGUGAGCAGCAGCCUUGCACAUCUAAACAAUCAUGCACUACAACCCCCGAAAAAGUUUUUCUGAAUGCCCGGGAUAAUUUAUUAGACAUUCUUUCAGCAUCUACUUCAAAAUGUACCUUACCUUUGUCUAAAGCUCCAACACAGAAUUCAAACCAAUCUGUCGACAAUCAAGAAUCUUCGAAUUUUUAUCAAGAGCUUCUGGAAGCUUCGUACGCAGCAGAUGGUUUUGGCCAGUUAAGCGAAUCAGAAAUGCUACAACGUGCUAUACAAUUAUCCACUCAAGAAUACAUCGAUGAUCAAAAAAGGAAGUAUUUGUUUGGGCCAUAAGUUUAAGUUACAUAAUAAGCAAGCAUUUCUUCAGUAGCGCAUAAAUUUUAGGAUUGAAAUCCCUACCACUAAACAAUAAAAAUACAAACAGUGUUAUUACUUUGAAUGCAUAAUAAUUAAAUGAAAUAUAAUAUAAAUUAUGAAUUAUAAUUGUAAUAAUUCUUAAUUAAUAAAUUUGUAUCAAUAUAACUUUCGCAUAUACUUUCAUUUUCCUUUUUUAAAUGAAAUAUUUUUUUUUAAUCCAAUAUAAUAUAAAUUAUGAAUUCUUAAAUGAAUUAUAAUUGUAAUAAUUCUUAAUGAAAUAUAAUAUAAAUUAUGAAUUAUAAUUGUAAUAAUUCUUAAUUAAUAAAUUUGUAUCAAUAUAACCUUCGCA